AUGACCUUUUACCAACAACAACAUCAACAACAUCAACAACAGAAGCAGCAAGCUAUCAUCGAGCUCAACAACCUUACUGUUGAUGCUCUUCGCCAACAACAAUUCUAUAAUGCCAUUACAUCAUCGUCAUCGGCAUUGAAGUGCUACAAAGCUAUACAGCAAAGUACUACUAACGAGCUUCUAUCUUGCUCCUUCUUUGCUGCACCAGAGGAUUAUUGCAUUGAUCAAUCCAUGCUCCUUUCGGAACCAAAUCCAAACGCAACGGGCCAUAGUACUAAUAGUAGUACAUUCAUCUACGACCUUGGUAUCCCAGUACCUCCUGGUGCGGAUGCCACCAUUGUGGCGACCAUUCUCAUUUUCAAUCUGGCCCUCGCAUAUCAGCUGUGCGGAAACCAGCAGCAGUAUGACACCAAGAUGCUUCUCAAGGCAAAGCAAUUGUACGAGCUCGCACACAAGGGAUUGGACGUUGACCAGAAUGUGCACUUUCACUUUGCCAUUAUCAAUAACAUUGCUGUGAUCGAACACCAGAUCGGUAACACUGCAGCAUCCAAGGAUAACUUUGAAUACUUGAUGUCCUUAUUCAUGCUUUUGGUGGACCGAGGAACCAACAGUGUGGGACUCCGUCACAUGAAUGGUUUUUUGGUGAAUCUUCCAUCCACUAGUGUCAACGCGGCUCAUGCCGCAUAG